AGAGUAACUGCUGAAAGGAGGUGGCGAAGGAGGAGCCGGAGCAGCUGCUGCCAGCCCGCGGGCACUGAAGUCCUGCCGGCUGCCGCUCGAGUAGCCACGGGCGCGAUCGAGACCAGACGUCUCCUCCUCCAUGAUCACUUUGGAAGCCGGGGGAAGAUAUUGCCCUGCCGUGAGAGCUGGUCUGCGUUUCCCAGGCGCGGCGACUGCGGAGCAGCAGCUGCAGCAGCCAGGUCCAAAUAGGAGCGGCCACAGCCAGGGGCGUGUGCGCCCCGCGCGGAGCGGGCUCGGGUUCCCCUCGGAAUGUCCCCGGGGCGCCCAGCGCGCUGACCCCGAAGCCGCCUCCGCCUUCGGCGCCUGCUGCCUCCCUCGGCCAGGCUUGGUGUUCGGGACUGUGAGCUUCCUGGCUCCUGGGCAGUGGGGAAGCCCCCGGAGGCGAGUGACCUCAGCUGGCCACGACCCAGCCCUCCCCAGUGCGUAUCUCGCUUAAGAUGGCAGCGGAGUCAGGGGAACUAAUCGGGGCUUGUGAGUUCAUGAAAGAUCGGUUAUAUUUUGCUACUUUAAGGAAUAGACCAAAAAGCACAGUAAAUACCCACUAUUUCUCCAUCGAUGAGGAGCUGGUCUAUGAAAAUUUCUAUGCAGAUUUUGGACCGCUGAACUUGGCAAUGGUGUACAGAUAUUGCUGCAAACUAAACAAGAAACUAAAAUCAUACAGUUUGUCAAGAAAGAAAAUAGUGCACUACACCUGUUUUGACCAACGGAAAAGAGCAAAUGCAGCAUUUUUGAUAGGUGCCUAUGCAGUAAUCUAUUUAAAGAAGACACCAGAAGAAGCCUACAGAGCACUCCUAUCUGGCUCAACGCCCCCCUAUCUUCCAUUCAGGGAUGCUUCCUUUGGAAAUUGCACUUACAAUCUUACCAUUCUCGACUGUUUGCAGGGAAUCAGAAAGGGAUUACAACAUGGAUUUUUUGACUUUGAGACGUUUGAUGUGGAUGAAUAUGAACAUUAUGAGCGAGUUGAAAAUGGUGACUUCAACUGGAUUGUUCCAGGAAAAUUUUUAGCAUUUAGUGGACCACAUCCUAAAAGCAAAAUUGAAAAUGGUUAUCCUCUUCACGCCCCUGAAGCCUACUUUCCUUAUUUCAAAAAGCAUAAUGUGACUGCAGUUGUGAGGUUGAACAAAAAGAUUUAUGAGGCAAAGCGCUUCACAGACGCUGGCUUCGAGCACUAUGACCUCUUCUUCAUAGAUGGCAGCACACCCAGUGACAACAUCGUGCGAAGGUUCCUGAACAUCUGUGAGAACACCGAAGGGGCCAUCGCCGUUCACUGCAAAGCUGGUCUUGGAAGAACAGGGACAUUGAUAGCCUGUUAUGUAAUGAAACACUACAGGUUUACACACGCUGAAAUAAUUGCUUGGAUUAGAAUAUGCCGGCCAGGUUCUAUUAUAGGACCCCAACAGCACUUUCUGGAGGAAAAACAAGCAUCGUUGUGGGUCCAAGGAGACAUUUUCCGAUCCAAACUGAAAAAUCGACCAUCCAGUGAAGGAAGUAUUAAUAAAAUUCUUUCUAGCCUAGAUGAUAUGUCUAUUGGUGGAAAUCUUUCAAAAAUACAAAACGUGGAACGAUUUGGAGAGAAUAACUUAGAAGAUGAUGAAGAUGUGGAAAGGAAAAAUGGUAUAACCCAGGGAGACAAACUACGUGCCUUAAAAAGUCAGAGACAGCCACGUACCUCACCAUCCUGUGCAUUUAGGUCGGAUGAUGCAAAAGGACACCCAAGAGCAGUGUCCCAGCCUUUCAGAUUAAGUUCAUCCCUGCAAGGAUCAGCACCUACCUUGAAGACAUCAAAAAUGGCACUGUCCUCUUCAGCGACAGCCAAGAGGAUCAAUAGAACUUCUUUGUCUUCAGGUGCCACUGUAAGAAGCUUUUCCAUAAACUCCCGGCUAGCCAGUUCUCUAGGGAACUUGAAUGCUGCAACAGAUGAUCCAGAAAACAAAAAGACCUCCUCAUCCUCUAAGGCAGGCUUCACAGCCAGCCCGUUUACCAACCUCUUGAAUGGCAGCUCCCAGCCGACUACCAGAAAUUACCCUGAGCUCAACAACAAUCAGUACAACAGAAGCAGCAGCAGCAACGGGGGCAACCUGAACAGUUCCCCAGGCCCCCACAGCGCCAAGACAGAGGAGCACACAACCAUCCUCCGACCCUCCUACACUGGACUUUCUUCUUCUUCAGCGAGAUUCCUGAGCCGUUCUAUCCCAUGUUCAUGCCUACUGCGAGUCUUUAGGAAGCCCUUUCUUGGAAGCUCCCUGCCCUCCUUAUCAAUUUCUCAUCUUUAAAUAAAGACAUUACCUUCCAUGUCUUCUGUGAAGCUUUCCCCAAUAAAUGGAAUCCACCCUAUCAUUAACACUUUAUUUUAUCAUGUAUGCUAUUACAUACAUGAACGUCUAUAUUUGUUUACAUAUUGUCUAUGUAUGUAAGAAUUAUCUCCAAAUUUAAACUUCCGUUUUUAGACAUUUCAAAACAUUCUUUUAUAGUUCAUGGUGUCUAACACAGUACUGGUCACAGGCGGGAAUUAAAAAUUAAAAUACUCAUUUGGUUGAAAGUUGAAAGCAAAAUGGAAAUGAAAUAUUGUGUGCUUCCUACUUUCCCUUAGCAUUCUUAUAUGACAGUUGAAGUUGGCUUAAAUGUAUUCUUUUUUCUAGUGUUAGUAGCAUUUUUAUACUCAGUUGGUUAAUGCUGCUCUCUGGUUAUGAAGACUGUGUGGAUGUUUUCCAUCUCAAAUUUGACCAAUGUAAGAACAACCUUGGUAGCCUAUGAAUAGAUUAAGUUCUUCUGUGUUCUAACACCAGGCGGAAUACGUGUGUAUUUUAAGGAAUUGUUGGUCCUUAAAGUAGGACCUGGAAUGAGGUCAAAAUAUUAGAAUCUAGCUUUAUAAAAUAACCAGUUUGAUGAAAAUCUGAGUGAGAUUGGCAGUGCACUAAAGCACGGUUCAUUUUUACUUUGGAAUAAUGUUAGUGCUGACAGUAAUAAACUACUUAUUGAUUAUGUGAAUAUCCAUUCCCAGUAAAGUGCUAAAACUUUCCAGUGGUAUGUAGUAGUGUUUCCCGAUGUCAAUUUGUUAUCUUUUCCCUCUGCCUAUUCUCCAUUUUAAAAAUUGGUCAUCUUGUCCUGAUUUUAAAUAUGACAUUUUUAUUAGUCUGCUUUUGUUGCUAUUAAGAAAUACCUGAGGCUGGGUAAUUUAUAAAGAAAAGUAGUUUAUUUGGCUCACAGUUCUGUGGGCUGUACAAGCGUGGCACCAGCAAUCUGCUUGGCUUCGCGUGAGUCCUCAGGAAGCUUACAAUCAUGGUGGAAGGCAAAAGGGGAUCUUGCGUAUCACAUGGCAGGAGGGAACAAGAGAGAGGGAGGAUGUGUGAGGCUCUUUUAAGCCACCAGAUCUCAGGUGAACUCAUAGAGUGAGAACUCACUCAUUACUGGGAGGACAGCACCAAGCCAUUCAUGAAGGAUCCACUCCCAUGACCCAGGUACCUCCUACUAGGCCCACCUCCAACACUGGAGUCACAUUUCAACAGGACAUUUGGAGGGGAUAAAACAUCCAAACCAUAUCAAUAUUCAUUUAUUAAUUCAUAUUAAUAUUAUUAAAUAUUAACUAAGUGUUAAUAUUUAUUACAGUUAAAGAUUAGUGCUGGCUUUCUAUUCUUUUGUUGUAUAUUUACGUUGCUGUGGCUUUUCAUCCUUUCUCUUUGUUGUGGCAUUACUUUAGAUUUGAUGUAAUUUUUCAGCUAAGGGAUACUAACUAUAUAUCAAGAACAUGAACUCAAUCUCAGUAUUGAACCACACCUUUGGCAUUCAUUCAACAUUGCGAUUUUUUUUCUCUUCCCAAGCGGACCUGAGAAUGUUACUUGACAAAGUAUCAAAUCAUUACGAGGUCAGCAUGGUUCAGAUGAUGCCUUUACAUUUGUAUAUAAGCUAUUUAUAUGUUUGCAGUAUUUGUAGAUACAUGUUAACUAUAAUUUAAGUUUCCAGUGUUAAAUAGUGGUUUAUGUUAAUUUUCUGUAUAAAGCCUGUCAGCUAUUUUUGACUCUACAUUUGAAAAGACUUGAAAAUAUAAAACUUGCUUUAAGUAAUAAGGUUGAUCAGAAAUAUAUAAUAGGUGAGGAUUAAUUUAUAUUCUCAAUGUAUUAGAGUUAUGAAUCACCUUGGCUGUUCAGCUUCAUUUUAUACUUUCUUAUGUAGUGUCAAUAAUACUACUAGGUCAAUAGAAAAGAGUCUUAUUUUAAUCUUGCGUCUUAUUUUUUUGGCUAGGAGUAAAAGAAAGCAAGUGCUUUUUAUAUACCUAUAAAAGCUGACUGGGUGCAAUGGUUCACACUAUAAUCCUAGCACUUUAGAAGGCUAAGGCAGGAGGAUCACUUGAGGUCAGGAGUUUGAGAACAGCCUAGGCAAUAGAGAGAGACCCCAUAUCUUAAAAACUGAAAUUAAAUGAAAUGGAAGCUUAUCCAAUUAAUAAAGCUAUAGCUAAUAUUUAUGUAAGUGUCUACCAUGAGCCCAGUAUUUUUUUGGUAGAGCAAGGUAAGACAAAUACAUACAAGCCAUUGUCCUCCACUAGAUUAAAAACUUCAUGCAGGCAUCUUCUGAUGGAAUUGAUUACUCUUGUUUUUCUGGUCCUUUCUGUUUUUGCACUGCUGCCAGAAUCCACUUAAAAUACCAGUUUCCUAAUGUAAGUCUUUGUUUAACAGCUUCUGUGGCUGAAGAAUAAAACCAAUUAUUAUAAGAUUUUUCCUCUUUUUUUCUGAAAUUCUGUAGUUUCACCAUAAUGUAGCUAUAUACAGAUUAAUUAUAAUUUAUCUUGCCUGGCGUCAGUGUGU